AUGAGCUCCACAAACUCCACCCCCAGCUCCUCCAUCCCCGCAACCCCAGCCGCCCACUCCCGUCGCGCCUCAUGCGACUCCGCCCAUGACGCCCACCACUUUGUCGCCCUGCAGCAACAACGCGAGAACGAGGAAAAGACACAACACAAGAUCAACACCAGCAUCAAGAAGAUGUGGGAGGGUGUCAAGAGGCAUGCUAGUGAGCACCAUCGCAGUGUUAAUGCUGCGUAUAUGGCGAGUUAUGGGUGUGGGGCUCCUGGUGGCGUGAAGAAUUAG